AUGCAAGUGAUGAUAGUACCAAGAAACUAUUUAAGGAAUUCUACGUUGGAAAAAAUCAACGACACCUAUAAAGCGUCAUUAACAGCUCAGAACAAGUUCCUGAACUCCGAAAUUAUUCGGCUUUCUGACAGAAGUAUUUCUGAACAGAAAACUAUUGAAAAGCUUCGAAGGAGAAAAGAAGAGUUGGAAGAAGAUUUGAAUAGCUUCAAAAGAGAAUAUGUAUUUCUUCUACAAAGUUGUAUUAGAAUUCCCUUAUCCGAACAUUCUCUUGAUGUAGUUCAAGUGAAGCUUCUUGGUGGAGAUGUUCAUAGAACUCGUGUACUUCGUCUCUUGGCAGAUGCACGUAUGACAGAUCCUACACUGCCGACUUUUGAAAGUCUAAUUUCGCUUGGAAAUUAUGUUGAUGCGUUCGGCUUUCGACAUUCAUUCGACGAUGAAGGGCUUGCAUUGCAUUAUGUUUGCACUUUAUUGCACGAACACUAUCACGAGCGGUCUCAGUCACAAAUUGAGCAUCGAAAGAAAUGGAAAAAAUAUUUGCAAACAAGCAAUAAUCGACUCAUAAAUAAUCGAGAUGUACGACAACUUGUGCGUUGUGGCAUUCCAGCUGAUUUACGCUCCACUGUUUGGAAAAUUUUGAUCAACCAGCAAGUAUGUGAUAUAAAGAAACGUUUGGGAAAAUAUUAUUACCGUAACUUAUGCAAUUCCGAGGGUACACCAUCGGAGCGCCAGUAUAAUGCAAAUCAUCAAAAACAAAUCACAUUGGACCUUUUGCGCACAAUGCCGAAUAAUAUAUAUUUUAUGUUUCCUACAUGUGAAGGGACGCAAAAAUUGGAACAGGUGCUGCGAGCCUAUUGCUUGCAUAAUUCAUCAAUUGGAUAUUGUCAAGGAAUGAAUUUUAUAGCCGGUACAGCAAUGUUAUUCCUUGGGGCUGAAGAUACAUUUUGGUUUCUUGUAGCUAUCACUGAGAAAUAUUUUCAUCAGUCAUAUUUUGAUCAGUCCCUAACCGGCGCACAAGCUGAUCAAGAAGUCUUGAAAGAGAUAAUCGAAUCUCGGCUUCCUCGCCUCGCAGCACAUUUUGAAGAAUGCGACAUCGAUUUGGCUACUGUAACAUUAAACUGGUUUUUGGCACUUUUUUUUGAUGCAGUCCCACUUCAGGUUAGGCUUUACAAAAAAAUUGCCAAAUUUUUUCAUGGGUCAAAUAUUUUAUUUGUUUAA